GCGCCUUUCCUCCACACGGCUUCUUCGUCCACCGCCCUACCGCCCUACCGCCGGAGAGUCGAAGAAUUCCUUCGCCGGACGAAGUUUCUGCACUCUCCGAUCUUCAUUCGUCUCUUUUCUCUACUUCAUAUUCAGUUAAUGGGUUCCGAGUUGAUUUUCCGAGGCCACGAGUCGCAUCCAGUCGGCGAUUCCUAUUCGCCGAAGCCGACAAAGCCGUGGUUCUAUGUUUCACGGUCGAUUCGGUACAUGCUGCGCGAGCAGCGCCUCGUUUUUGUCUUAAUAGGCAUUGCUAUCGCAACUCUGUUCUUCACUAUCGCGCCUUCCUCCAAACCGCCGGCGGCGAUUCGAGACGCGUAUGUUUCAUCGCAGUUGAGUAAUUUCGAGCCGCACCGAUCCGUGUACCAUAACGGCCACUUGACCACUGGAUUUGCAAUAAACUCGGGUGGAAAAAUUCCGUUGGGGUUGAAGCGGAAGGGUCUGCGGAUUGUCGUUACAGGCGGCGCGGGAUUCGUUGGCAGUCAUUUAGUGGAUCGUUUGAUUAGUAGAGGCGAUAGUGUGAUCGUAGUCGAUAAUUUCUUCACAGGGAGAAAGGAGAACGUUAUACACCACUUUGGUAAUCCGAGAUUUGAAUUGAUUCGACACGACGUCGUUGAGCCGCUCCUUUUGGAAGUUGACCAGAUCUAUCAUCUUGCUUGCCCUGCUUCGCCGGUGCAUUACAAGCACAAUCCUGUCAAAACGAUCAUAUCGAAUGUGGUAGGGACACUGAACAUGCUUGGUUUGGCCAAGAGAGUCGGUGCUCGGUUUCUGCUUACAAGCACCAGUGAGGUGUACGGCGAUCCUCUACAACACCCGCAGGUUGAAACCUACUGGGGCAACGUCAAUCCAAUUGGUGUUCGAAGCUGCUACGAUGAGGGAAAGAGGACAGCUGAAACCUUGACCAUGGAUUAUCACAGAGGGGCUGGCGUUGAGGUUAGAAUUGCUAGGAUCUUCAACACAUAUGGCCCUCGUAUGUGCAUUGAUGAUGGCCGUGUUGUCAGCAACUUUGUCGCUCAGGCAUUGAGGAAGGAACCAUUGACUGUUUAUGGUGAUGGGAAGCAGACAAGGAGUUUCCAAUUCGUCUCUGAUCUGGUCGAGGGACUGAUGAGGUUAAUGGAAGGAGAGCAUGUCGGGCCUUUCAAUCUUGGCAACCCUGGCGAAUUCACUAUGCUCGAACUUGCCAAGGUGGUUCAAGAAACCAUUGAUUCGAAUGCCAAGAUCGAGUUCAAGCCGAACACGGAGGACGAUCCUCACAAAAGGAAGCCGGACAUCGCCAAGGCGAAGGAACUCCUCGGUUGGGAGCCAAAAAUCCCACUCCAUAAGGGUCUCCCAAUGAUGGUAUCGGAUUUCAGACAACGUAUAUUUGGUGACCACAAGGAAAACAUCGACGCCUCAUCCGCAUAAUCCACAGCUAUAAAUAGAAAAACAACUACGGUAUUCAUUCUUUAAUUUUGUUGCUGAAUCAUAAGGGAAUUACUAUACUAUACUAUAUUAGUAGAGUGAGUAUAGGCAAGACAUGAGACACACAGACGACCUUCAUUGCUUGUUACAUAGUUCCUAGAGGAUGAUAUUAUAUGUUAUCAACUAUCAACAUUUCUUUUUUUCUUUUUUUUUUUUUUUUAUUUCUUUUGGGUAAAUCUUGGUUGAACCCUAAUGGCAACUAUGAACAUUUCUUCAAUUUAGAAAGAGUAGAUUCAUAUGUCUUUA